AUGUUUCCUUAUUUGAACACGAGUUAUGCCGUUAACUACAAAAAACAGAUUGAAAAGGUUAACAACACUGUUUACUCGGUGAUAAAAAAACAACGUGAAGCGUUAAAAGAAUUAUCAGACGAAUUUCAAGUGACGAAUUUAUUGGCAUCUCUUUUAAUGACCAAAGAUGAAGAGACAGGAGACAAAAUGGACGAUACACAAAUUCGGGAUGAAGUAAUGACCUUUAUGUUGGCAGGUCACGAAACGACUGGCAUUACUUUAAAUUGGUGCCUCUUGGAGGCAGCACGCCACCCAGAAAUGCAACAAAAGAUCAGAGAUGAAUUGAAUUCUGUCAUAGCACAUGGAAAUUCACUCUCAUAUGAUCACUUGGAAAAACUAACAUAUACAAAAUGUUUUAUCCAGGAGACUUUGCGAAUGUAUCCAGCAGCUCCUGCUCUUGGUCGGCAAGCAGUAGAAGAUAAUUAUCUUCAUGGCUACCUAAUUCCCAAAGGUACAAAUGUGUUUAUCGACAUCAAUGUCAUUCACAAGAAUCCUAAAUAUUGGGACGAACCAUACGAAUUUCGUCCAGAAAGUCAACCAAAGGUUAACUCUACAAAGAAGGCCACUCCCUCCGAUUCCUCUGACCCGCCUCUUUCUUCCCAACCCUCAACCCCUCUUUGCAGAGAAAAGUCAUUACCCGCCACUCCAUCCACUUCUUCCCAGCCCUUAAGCCUUCUCAAUUCUUUUAUGUUCUUUCUUCUUUCUUCAAAUACAUUUCUUUUUCUUUUGAAACUCUUUUUCACUUCAUCAGGAGCUGAAAGUGUAAAUUAG